UCCCUUCUGAGCCACACCUCAGGGUCCACCCACACCACAGUGACCACACCUGCUCUAAUGGCAGCAUGGCUCAAGGAGGACUGAAGAAGAAAUCUGGCAAGUUUGUUCCUCCUUCUUCAAAGUCUAAAGGAAACAAAAGCAGCAGUAGCAGUGCCAGUGGCUCGAAAAAACCUCAAAAGACUAGGAAAGGACCUCAUUAUAUUGCACCAAAGAAAGCCAGACUAGUUGCAGCUGAGAAAGUAAAAUCUAAUCUUCGUAAAGCCAUUGGACGAAAGAUUGAAGAAGAACUUGUAACACAAGCUUCAAGCGAAGGAGAGAAUCUACGAGUACUUAACACGUCUCUAAAGAAAAAAGGGAAGAAUUCUUGAGGCAAACUUUUAUUCUUAUUUAAACUCUAACGUUACCUAUUAAAUACAUAGUACAACAUAUUAGGGAAGUAAUUUAGCAUAAAUGUUCGUGUAAUAAUCAUGUCAUCACUUGGUUUGUUAGGAGAGUAUGGUUCAGGAUCAAGUGGGAGUGAUGACGAGGCAGCAGGAACUGCAAAUACAGAGGAAAGUUUAUCUAACAGAGCUUGUAGUAGUAAAGUUGGAAUAGAGCACAGUUAUUUUAAUGCUGAUGAUAUAGAUAGCGCUAGUGAUACUGGUAGUUCUGAGUAUAGCCUUUCACCUGGCCCUGUUGAUAGUCCACUGGCUCCUGAUGCAGCUAAUUCUAAGCCUUUACCAUUACCUCAACUUGAUGACAUACACUGUGGAAUCAUUAAAGCUGAGCCUGGCUCAGUCUUUUCUAAUCCUUUUAAAGAAGCUGAGGAGACUAAACUUUUAGCCCUCAAGCAGCAUGUUGCUUUGGGUCCAGCAGAAGUACCAGUUGAUAAAACAAAGAAUGAAAGAUCAUUUAGAGGAAAGAGACGGAGGCGACAAGGAGAUCAAGAAGAGACUGGAUCGUUUGACAAAUAUGAUUCUAGUAUUAAGAGAGGAAAAAUGAACCGUCCAAAAUCUGGAGUAGCUCCGGGACUGGUCCCACCACAGAAGUAUAUGAAGCUUCAUCAACGUCAACAAGAAAAGGAGAGGCCUUGGACAGUAAAAAGAUCAUCCAAUUAAUGUAGCUGAGAUGUAAAUUGUGUAGAUCUAUUGUAUGAAUGUUUAAUUGAAUUGGUCUAUGUAGACUCUACCAUUGUUUUUUAUGUGUAUAUUAUCAAAAGUACUGAAGGGUAGUUCUUAUAAAUAAUAAUUAUAACCCUGUUGAAUCUACAAAAAUGUAAAGUUGGCAUUGUAAAGUGAGUGGGCGUUGCUGAGACUAGUGAGAUGGAUCCUGAAGUUCUGGAAGAGUUGUGUAGGCCGUUGCGAGACCUCUCGCUGAAUGAUGUCGAGUUAACUGGGGAAGAGUUAGGCCGUGGAGCUUAUGGUGUCGUAUUAGAAGUCAAAGUUAGUGGGUUCUCUUGUGCUGGAAAGAAGCUUCAUGAUGCCAUAGCAGGGGAAUUUUUAGUAAAAAGUUUUGUGAAUGAGUGUGUGAAUCACAGCCAUCUCCGCCACCCAAACAUUGUACAGUUGAUGGGUGUAUAUUUUCCACCUGAUUCUACUAUUCCUAUACUUGUGAUGGAGCGUCUUCAAGUUUCGCUUGCUCAAUGCCUGAUUGAAGCUACUUUGCCUCUUAAACUAAAAUACAGCAUCCUUCUUGAUAUUGCGAAUGGGUUGAAUUACUUUCAUCAUAGAACACCACCUAUUAUACAUCGUGAUCUCACUGCUCAAAAUGUAUUACUCACAAAAUCUUUCACAGCUAAAAUAGCGGAUCUUGGUGUGUCUAGAAUUAUUGAUCCUGGUAGGCCACGUAGUCACACAGAUGUACCUGGCAAUCCUGCAGUUAUGCCUCCUGAAGCAUUUGAUGAUCAGCCUUAUGAUUAUAAGCUUGAUGUAUUUUCUUAUGGCUGUCUGAUCAUUCACACAUUUAAUCAAGAAUGGCCGUUUCCUGUCAGUCAGUUAUCAAUUGAUCCUUUGAGUGAGUGGCAACGAAGAUUCACACAUUUUUUGAAAAUGGGAAUGUGUCAUCCACUGAUACCAGUAACUAGAAGCUGCUUGCAUGAUGACCCAGCUAAACGACCAGAUAUGAACCAUCUCAUAUACAUGUAUGUUGUACAAUCUACUUCAGAUAAUUUACCUGAUGAUGGCACUCGAGUUGGGGAUCUUGGUCACCUAUAUGAUAUGAUCAUUUCGAAGAAAGAGCAAAAAUCAGAGUAUGAAAUGUCGCAGAGAUUGCACCAUGAUGUUUGGUCUAGUGCUGUUAGGUCUAGUGCUGUUAGGUCUAAAAGUGGAAAAGCAUUGUCAUUUUCAUGUGAAGACAUUCAUAGUGCAGCAAAUGAGUGUGAAAAUCAAAAUGACAUGGACCUGUGCCUGGCAAUUCAGAAUCCAAAUUUAUUGCAAGAUGAUGUACAUCUACAUGUAUCUCCCAGUGGUAAAUAUUAUGAAAGUAAGUAUAAAAUUUAACAAUUUAUGCACUAGGUUUUUAAAGAAAAUUUCAAAAUCAAGCAACUUCAAAGGUUUUUAGGCAGAAGCGUUUAAGGCCACAAUCGUCCAUCUCAAACUUCACUACUUCUCCUCAAAAACAACAAUCUGUCGAGGAUGAUCCUCCUAUGCUUUGUCGUAGCUCACCUGUUGUAACAUCUAGGGAGUCAAUUUCAGUCUUCACAAUCCAUACAUAAUGGGCGUGUCUCUUCGGUUGCUUCUACCAGUAACAAUUGUUCUCCAGUUCUUCAUUGUAAUUCACCAAUUUUGACACCAUUCAGUUCACAGCCUCUUUCUUUCGACUCUGAACCAAACUCUCCGAUUGCUACACCGCCAAUUAUUCAUAAACGAAGAUCUCAACUAUAUUGCCAGAUUGAUUCAGCAUGUUCUAAGUCCCCAUACAGUUCACCAAUUUUACCUAACAAAUUUGCAUUUUCUUCAGAGAAAGGCUUGUCACCUCGUUUGUCAAGUAAUAGAAAAAUGAAAUAUAAACAAAAAGAUGAACAACAACAUGAAUUAAUGUUUAAUUUUGAUGAGGAUACAUCACACCCAAGGUCACGUGAUUCAACAAAAGUAUUACCUUGCUUGAAUAAAAGUGAAGUCACUUCACAAUUUCAAAAUUUGCACGACUCUCAUGAAGUCACUCCUUUAUUGUAUCCUUUUGACCCUAAUUCACCAAGAUGGAUAACACGUCAAUCUAACCCUCAUGAGUGGUAUUAUCACAAAAUAAGUAAUGCAACUGCAGAAGUAAUACUAUUGGAAAGGGAAAGAAAGAAUGGAAAUUUUAUUGUUCAUUCUAAUUCCAAUGGAGAAUAUUACUUGUUAGUGUGUUUUGAACAGAAGGCAAUUCACAUGAGGAUAUUCAAGGACAUGAAUGAAAAAUUCUUCCUGGAUGGUCUGUAUUGCAAUAAUAAAAAGAGUUUUGAUGGUCUUGAUGAACUUGUAAAUUAUUACAGAGAGAUACCUUUGGUUGUGGAAGACAAAUUGAUUGUACUGACUGAUUUAUAGAAAUCCCAAGAUUAUUAAAUAUUUAUUAUUACUGGUACUUUAAUGGAUUUUAAGUGAAUAAAUUUCUAUUUUUUAUUCACAUACAUGUAAUGGUACAUAUCUCAUACUGAAAUAAUUUGUAUAAGGGCAUGUGUAUGCAAAUUUUUAGAAGAAAAUGUAUAGGAGAAAGCUGAA